ACCCGGUUUUUCUCCUCCUCUCUGCAUCUACCCCUUCCAUACUGUUUUCUUAUCGAUUUCCAGUUCCUACUAGGCUACUCCCCCCGGUUCAACACCAAAAUUCAAGACCAUUUAUACCACCCAAACAAGAGAUUGAACAACCCCAUGAACCAAACGUCAUCCGGGCGGGGUCUGAUUCCAAGAGUGCCAUCAUUUUCCCACCCCAGGUAGGUAUCUUGUUCGGUAAGGGUACAGCAGGGAGCUGGUAGAAGGAGCUUUACUCAGUCGUAAAUUAUGGGCAGUGUCAUUUUUUAGUGGCAUCUAGGAUGAGGCUUGAACUUGCAGUAAUCCACCGUGCCAGGAGGAAGUUAGUGUGCAUUGGUAUUGUAGAAAGAUUCUUCUUUUUGCAAUGUUUUGGUCUGUAGUUGUUCGGUCGUCUUCGUCCCGACGAAGUAUUGGUUUUGUUAAUCAGAUAGUUCCUUGCUUUUUUGGCGUAUCAAGAACCAUAUAUAGCAGCAGUAGCCGCAGCUGUCUUGCAUCUAAUGGUGGUGGUGGUGGUGAUGGUGUGGAUAAUGGGUUUCGCGCUUUCGAGGAUUACUUGAACGAAUCUUGGAAAAGUUGCAAUUUUGAUGAGGAAAUAGAGUUAAAAACAACGUGGAGAAGUCAAAAUAGUACUUUCCAACAAAAGCAAAAUGUUUCUUCAAGAAGUAGUUUUAUUGACACGGUAAGAAAUGAUGCUAAUAGGGUUCUUGAAAUUCUUCGGCAAGAUGGUCCUGGAUUUGAUACCAAAGCUGCUUUAGAUGAUUUGAAACUUAGGCUUUCUGGGCUUCUUGUGAGACAGGUUCUUUUAGGCAUUUUGACGAGCAUAAGUUUUGCAAACAAGAAACGGAGCGCGAAGCUCGGGUUCAAAUUCUUUGUGUGGUCUGGUCAGCAAGAGAACUAUAGUCACACCACAAAUUCGUAUCAUCUGAUAAUGAAGAUAUUUGCGGAGGCUGAGGAAUUUAAAGCAAUGUGGAGAUUGCUUGAUGAAAUGAUCCACAAGGGGUAUCCGACAUCUGCUCGAACUUUUAAUCUGCUGAUUUGUACUUGUGGUGAGGCUGGAUUAGCGAAGAAAGUCAUAGAGAGGUUUAUAAAAUCGAAGACGUUUAACUAUAGGCCAUUUAAGCACUGUUUUAAUGCAAUUUUACAUUCUCUAGUGGUACUGCAUCAUUACAAGUUGAUUGAGUGGGUGUACCAGCAGAUGUUGGUUGAAGGUCAUUCUCCGGAUAUUUUAACUUAUAACAUCCUCUUGUGCUCUAAGUAUAGGCAGGGGAAACUGGAACAGUUUCAUAGAUUACUGGAUGAAAUGGGACAAAAUGGGUUCUCACCUGAUUUUCAUACUUACAACCUCCUCCUUCAUGUGCUAGGUAAAGGGGACAAGCCUCUUGCGGCCCUGAACCUUUUAAACCACAUGAAGGAAGUAAGUUGUGAUCCAACCAUUCUUCACUUCACCACAUUAAUAGAUGGGCUCAGCCGAGCUGGGAAUUUGGAUGCUUGCAAGUACUUUUUUGAUGAGAUGAUUAAGCAGGGAUGCAUGCCUGAUGUUGUUUGUUACACUGUAAUGAUAACAGGGUAUGUUGAGGCAGGGGAGUUUCAUAUGGCUCAGGAAAUGUUUGAUGAAAUGAUCAGUGAAGGACAGCUUCCAAAUGUUUUUACUUACAAUUCUAUGAUCCGAGGGUUAUGCAUGGCUGGGAAGUUUGAGGAGGCUUGCUUGAUGCUGAAAGAAAUGGAACGGAGAGGUUGUAAUCCUAAUUUCUUGGUGUAUAGUACCUUAGUGAGUUACCUGAGAAAUGCUGGAAAGCUUUCUCAAGCCCAUGAAAUUAUAAAAGAUAUGGUGGAAAAAGGGAAGUAUGCCCAUCUAGUUUCGAAGAUAAAAAGAUACAGGAGGUGCUAACGAGAAAGAGUAUAUAAACUACAAGCAAUUUUGUAAUAUCUACAGAAAAUGCUUAUUGAUCCUUAUUUGGUACCUUUGUCUGUGAUAUGUUUUAGAAGCAGCAAAAGUUUCCAAUUCCAUGGGGUCUUGAAUCUGUCAAUUGUUCCCUAGUACUUGCACAUUUUUCUCAAAGUUGAAUAGCCAUUUUGGAGUUGUGGGUUGAAAGGAAAAAAUAAAUGGAAUACAUUUGCUUCAUUCAUAGCCUAA